CACAUCACCUGUAGAGAGAGAGACAGAGACAGAGGGAGAGGAAGGGUAUAAACGCAAUAACGCGUCACUCUGAAGGUAAAAACCGCCCUUUCUCCGGAUAAAUCGGAUUUUUGAGCGAUUUUUUUUGUAGCUUUCGCAAAACCAGCACAAAAGAAGAAAAAGAAAAAAACCCAAGUGUGUUUGUCAUUAUAAGGUGUUUGUCUCUGCAUGCCUUUCCGCACAAGUUCUCGGUGUGUGUGGGCAAAUGGACAAGGUGUUCUCCCGGAGACUCGGACUGCUCUUGUCUCUCUCCUCGCUGCUGCUUUUCCCAGGUGAUUCCCAGAGAGUCGAGAUGCCUAGGAAAGACAUGGAAGCAAUCAAGGGCCAAACGGUGGUUCUGGAGGCCUGGUACACACCCACAUCCGUCAUCAAGAAAAACACAGUCAUCUGGAACUUCAUGGCCAGUGACUCCAAACAAAUCAUCUCCUAUUCCUCAGGAGAGAUCGGGAUUGGAAGUUCUGAAUUCAGAAAACGUGUUGGCUUUGCAGUGUCCAUGCCCUCGAGCAACCUUUCCAUCUACAUCAACAACACGCAGGAGUCCGACUCUGGGCGUUACCUCUGCAACGUCAUCAUUCCUGGAGCACCAGGUCUCUCGGGGGAGCUGCAACUCAAUGUCAAAGUCCCUCCCUCCACUCCAGUGUGCUCUAUGACUGGGGAUCCUGUACUGACUGGGAAUGUGACCCUAAGCUGUAAGUCCAGCUAUGGCAAACCUGUCCCUCAGUACAAGUGGACCAAGGCUGCUCCUCUCUCUGAGAUCUACUUCCCGCCAAUGCAGAAUGAGAGGCAGGGCACGCUGAGGUUGAGCAACCUGACCAAAAGCAUGUCAGGAAAAUAUGUGUGCAAGGCCAGCAACACGGCCGGGAGCGACAGCUGCCACAUCAACUUGGAAGUAUCUGUCACCAGCAGUGCCUGGCUGAUAGCAGGAGCCACUGUGGGUUCAGUUGUGGGGUUCGUGGCCCUCGUCCUGUUACUGGUCUUCAUCCUCAGGAGAGAAUGUGACACAGAGGAGGAAAUGGCCAAUGAAAUCAAGGAGGAUGCUCAGGCUCCAAAGCGGGUUUCCUGGGCUAAAAGUGCUACCGCAUCAGAUAUCAUCUCCAAGAAUGGGACUCUGUCCUCUAUUGCCAACAGCCCUGCUCCUCAGGACCCUUCUCACAUGCCUAACAACCACUAUCCGUACUCCCCUAAUGGCUGUGACUCCAUUCUCACCGCAUCAGGUGGAACAUAUCUGUACCCAGGAGAGCCCAAUCCUCUCCAUGGGUUGCCUGGCUACGUCAACAAGACGCCUGCCCAUGCCCAACACCACCAACCAAAGAACAGCUGCACACUCAGGACGGAUGGAGCUCAGCCUCAGGCACCAUGCCCCACCCCUGUUCUCGUCAGAUCCAUGCCACUCUGUGGCACUGUGCCUGUCAUGAUACCCGCUCAGAAACAGGCCGGUUCGCUCGUCUAGCCGAGUCAAGUCAAAUUCUCCAGCUCUUAGCAAGUGGACUGGACUCGAUGACUCCAUUAUACAAGUUCAAGAUUUACAUUUUUUUAUAUUCAAGGUUAGAGUUUUCUAUGUAAAAUAUUAGUAGUCUAUUUUAUAAAGUAUAUCGUAUGGGUUAAGAUUAGGAUGUUUUCUUCUGUUUGUUUGUUUGUUUUAUUUUGCCUAAAACAGUGAAUUAUAUCCUUAUGUUUUCAAAUUACCUUUAAGUUUUCAAAACUCUCAUCAAGACAGUAUUUUUCAUUCAUGUCAGAAUUUGACAUGGAUGACAACUCCAUUUGAUUUGACAGAUUCUGUUUCUGUUGUCAGAUUUAGAUAUUUCUCUAAUUACCAGAAAAGAACUUAAGGAAAGUAAAGAACAUGUGAUUCAAUGCAGGUGUGUAAACAGUUACAGACGUUGAUGGAUGCAGUUCAGUUCUUGUUAGAGUGAUUCGACAACAGUUGUUGCAUCUGGUGUGUUCUACUUUAAACGUUACCUUGUGCCUCUUUUUUGCUCAGGAGUUUCUACAUUUGACAGCCUAACUCUUUAACAGCCAUUGGCAGAUCUCUCAGUCUGAACAAUAGUUUUUAUUUAAAAAGAUAUUUGUUACUUGGUUUACUGUAUAUUUUAAGAGAAAGUGAACCCAUUCAUAAAUGCGUUAUUUUUUUUUCACUUUUUGGUUGGCGCAUCAGUUCUCUACUCGGUUUUGUGCAAGUAGAUUGGAAUUAAUAUUGCCAUAAAUAAGUGUAACAGCAUUUCUCUUAUCUCUUAAAUAUCUCUGAUUUGUGAUUGGCUCGUUUUACUCUGGAGCCUUUGUUCCAUAAUUGUCCACAUGGUGGAAGCAAAGUGGUGAAAAUAUUAACGCCAUAGUUCUUUUAUGGAAGGGAAAACAAAAUUCUCCUAUACUCACAUUGUGUUUAUUUCUUUAACCACCGAUUGCGCUCUAUAGAAUAAACUAAACAAUUGUGGAAUUUUGAA